UAUUUUUUGUUAUAGAAAAAAAACCUCUGUACUCUAUUUAUAUACAUUUUAAUAACGAGCGCGCUGCGUAGAUAUUCUAUCCAGAUAAUGUGAUGGGUUAAUACCAAACUUAAUUAUUUAUUAUAUUUUUUCGAUUGUGUCGUCGAAAACAAACAAAACACGAAUAGAAGUGACAUCAAAACAAAUAAAAAAAAUUUCUAUUGUCGAUCGAAAAGUAAAAUCGUGUCAAUGUCGCUGGAGGAAAGAGAAAACUCAGCUGACGUCGAUGCUGUCGAGGCGUUAAUCGCUGAAAAUGUGGAAAUAAUCGAUGCUAGUCAAGAUGAAAUAACAAAAGUCGCCUCUAACAACAACAACGAAGACACCGUCGAUGACGAAUCAGCUGAAAAGAAGGAAAUGACUGUGACAAAUUUGAAAGUAACGUUCGAGCAUUUAUCGCAAAUCUCGCCGGACGCCAAGGAAAAGCCCAAUUGGUGGAUCCGGCAAAACGAAAAGGGCGAAUAUAUUUUAUACAAAUCGAAGGAAAAACCGUGUGGCAGUAAAUUGUAUCACAAAUUGUCCGAUCCGAAGGAAUUUCUCGCGAAAGCUCAGGCGCAACAAGUUCGUGUCGUGUCGAGUGACGGGAUUGAAGUGCCAAGCGAUAAGAUAACGAACGAAUUGUGCGGCGACGAUAAAGAGACUGACACUACGAGUGACGCACACGAAAUCAGCACGGCAGAGUCUUCCUCCUCUACUGAAGAUGACAGAUCUCUUGAUGACACCAAAGAAAUCCCACCUUCAGAUGAAAGUCCUGAAAUUACUGUCACCGAAGUUGAUGAUGCACAAGAAGUAGACGAAUUAUAUGAAGCUGAUUCCCGCCCAACAAUCAACAAAAAUGAGAUUUUGUCAAUUAUCAAACGUUCAUCGAGUCAAAGUACGUCAAAUGUUGAAGCACUUACAGAAAAAAAUCAACGACAACUUUCCAACGUAGUCCAAGAACUAAUCCAAACGGAAAAAAGUUACGUCGAAGGUCUCGAACGCGGAAUCAGUAUUUAUGUGACGCCUCUCGAUCGGUAUGCGCGAAAUUAUCCCGCGCUCCUGGGCAAAAAGUACCACAUUUUCGGCAACAUCGAGCGUUUGUACGCGUUUCACAAGGAAGAAUUACUGCCAGCGCUUCUUGCAUGCAACGAUGACGUCAUUGCCAUCGCGACACUCUUCUACACCUACAUCACAAAAGACUUUUUUUACGGCUACGUACUUUUCGGACUGAACAAGCCGCGUGCCGAGAAGCUAACGCACGAGUACAAGGAAUUUUUCGAUGGCAUCACGAAAGAAUCGGAAGACAAACUCGGCGUCAAUAGUUUCUUGCUGAAGCCGAUUCAGUUGCUGCCGCGUUACAAAUUGCUGUUUGGCGAAAUUAUUAAAGCACUGGCGAACGAUCUGGAUGGCAUUAAAAACGUCAAAGACAUCAUCAGCGUGUGUUGCAUUGCGGAAAAGCAAAUACAGCGGUUAUUGGAUAACGUUAAUGAGGCACUUAGUCUGAACGACAUUGAAGAGGUUCAUGAGCCAAGACACUCGUUUUUCGAUCUGGCACUUUUCGGGGUGUCACCGAAUUUAGGAAAUCUAAUACCCGUUUUAGAUGAUUUGGAUUUUCGCUUGCAACUGAAAUGCGGAAUUUUUGACUUGCUGGAACAAGGAAAAUUCAAGAAAAUGAAUGAAUUUACGGUGAUAGAUUUCGAUGCGAAUAAUCGAUUUCGGGGCAAAACAUUCCUGUUUGAGCAGACGAUUUUGUGCACGGAGCUGAUCGAGAAGACGUCAAAACUGCAAUAUCGCACGCAUGUCGUCUUGGAUGAUGUGAUGUUCAUUGAUACGGACAACAAAGGAGGAUUUAAGAUUGUGACUGCGAGUAAUCGGGAGAUUGAUUUCAUUUCGAACGGGAAAUAUCCGAUGCUUGUGAUACAGGAAUGGAUUAAGCUGUUGACUUCGAUGACGGCAGGAGAUGAUAUUUUACGUUCCAUCAAAGUACGCAACUGCAACACCUUAUCACGCAACAACAGUAUUUUCUCUGCGAUAUCCUCCAGUGAGAUCAGUCACAAAUCCUUUAGACGUAGCAAAUUGACAUCAAAUACCGUGAGAAUUACAAAGCGCGAGAAAUCGCUUUCAGAUCACCCACCGCGAGUCGAAAGUCUCAUCAGCAGCAAUCGUUCCAGCAGUAAUCGCUCAAGCAGUUCUAGUCAAGACUCAUACGACCUCGGAGGCACAAUAUGGGAUCAUCGAAAAUAUCUGGAAACCUUGCGAAAUAUCGAAAAGCACUACAUCCUGCUACUGAUGAUCCACAAACAAGGCUAUGUCGGGAACAUUCCGAGCUAUAUAAUGGUCAAUGUUCGUGAAUUUAUGAGCGUUUUCAAUGCAAUUUUGGAGUAUCAUACCAGAAAUAUUUAUCCCGUGUUGCAAAUCAAUGGCAUGGAUAUCGUUGUUGUUUGUAAUUUGUUCAAAAAGUGUUUGCAGGAUCCAAUCUUCAACCAUCAAUACCAAAAAUAUGCGAUUCUGGGACCGACAGCUUAUGACACCCUCAACUCCUACUACAUCAAUGCCGGAACCAAGCCGGGAACCCAUAUAGACCUCAUUGAUCAACUUUUGUUGCAAGACAUGAAAAAGUUCAUUGAACUUCCCUUCCAACAACUACGAAAGUACACAAAGCUCUUCCAGAGUUUGAUGAAAGUCAUGGUUGAGACACUUGAGGACCAUACCGAGCAUAUUCCUGUUGAAGUGACACGAAUUGUCGCAAAUACCUUCGUUGAGUUGGAACAUUUUGAGAAACUUGUCACUGAUAAUUACAAAAUUCAUUCGAAAUCUUCCUUUUCGAUUAAUGUCAAGGAAUUGGGCCUAAUUCUCUAUUCAGACACAGUUGUUAUGGAAUAUGACGAUCCGAAUGUUCCGAGACACAAAAUUUUCCUCAUGGAAAGCGCAAUAUUGGCGGUUCGUGUCAAAAAUGAUGCAAAUGAUACCAGUAAUGAAAUUUUUGACGCCUUUAUUUGGUCCUUGCCGUAUGACUUGGUGAUGUUCAGACACAGCGUUAAAGUUCCGGAACGAAUAAAAGUGUUCUCUAAGACGUCCAAGUAUCAGCAGUACUCGAUAAUCUUUCGAUCCAACGACAAAAAACGUCAAUUUCUUGAUAAAUUGGAGGAAAUAUUGGAAGAGAAGCACACAAAUUUUACGAGUUUUAUCGAAAAUUGAUUUCAGAUGACUAAAAAUAUUCAAAUAUUUUUAUUGUUACAGCAUUUCAUAUCAAAUUAAAGAGAAAAA